UAACUUGUAUUAUGCAAAGAAUUUCAUCAUGGGUGCGCAACCAUUUAGCAAGAGAGAAACAAACAGGCAGGUGUUUGCAUUGGUCGAUCGCAGCUGUCAAUCAAAUAAGUGUGUGCGUCAUAUCCGUUGUCAGGUGGCGCUGUCGCUGUGGAAAGAUGCGAUCAGCGAAGAGCAGAGGCUUUUCCUUAAUUGCUCAUUUCAGUCACAGAGGCUGAACAGCCCGAACAGCCCGAACCCUCUGCGGUCUCUCCUGUUCGCGCGAGACGCUCCGCGCGUCCACCGCAGCGUGUUCCCGAGAAACAUCCAUGUUGUGAGCAGACGUCGCAGACUUUACCCGGCGGUUUUUGGCUCGAGCUCCAGUAUGUCCAAGCGGCGCUCGUCGGAGAGGGGGGCUGGAGAGACGUCGGGCAGGGCCAGCAAGCUUCAGUGUCCCGGGAUAUCGGGCAAUAACGCCAAGAGAGCCGGGCCCUUCAUCCUCGGACCUCGCCUGGGCAACUCACCGGUGCCCAGCAUCGUGCAAUGUCUGGCCAGAAAGGACGGCACCGAUGACUUCUAUCAGCUCAAAAUCCUUACGCUGGAGGAGAGAGACGACUCUGCAGGGGAGACUCAGGAGGAAAGGCAGGGGAAGAUGCUCCUGCACACAGAGUACUCCCUCCUCUCUCUGCUGCACAACCAGGACGGGGUGGUGCAUCACCACGGCCUCUUUCAGGAUCGAGCCUACGAAAUAGUGGAGGACAUGGAGGCCAACAAAGUACGCAAGUUGAAGAAGCGGAUCUGCCUCGUGCUCGACUGCCUGUGUGCUCACGACUUCAGCGACAAGACGGCCGAUCUGAUAAACCUCCAGCAUUACGUUAUAAAGGAGAAGCGGCUAAGCGAGCGCGAAGCCAUCAUUAUCUUCUACGAUGUGGUGCGUGUGGUGGAAGCCCUUCACACGAAAAACAUUGUGCACAGAGACCUCAAGCUGGGAAACAUGGUGCUGAACAAACGGACUCACCGAAUCACCAUUACCAACUUCUGCCUGGGAAAGCACCUGGUGAGCGAGGACGACCUGCUGAAAGACCAGAGAGGAAGUCCGGCCUACAUCAGCCCCGAUGUGUUAAGCGGUCGGCCGUACCGCGGUAAACCCAGUGACAUGUGGGCUCUCGGCGUGGUCCUGUUCACCAUGCUGUACGGCCAGUUCCCCUUUUACGACAGCAUACCUCAAGAGCUCUUCCGCAAGAUCAAGGCUGCCGAGUACUCCAUCCCAGAGGACGGCCGUGUGUCGGAGAGCACGGUGUGCCUGAUCCGAAAGCUGCUGGUGUUGGACCCUCAGCAGAGGCUGACUGCAGGAGAGGUGCUGGAGUCUCUCAGCGGCAUCAUUGUCUCAUGGCAGUCUGUUUCAUUGCUGAGCGGCCCUCUGCAGGUGGUGCCGGAUAUUGACGAUCAGGUCAAUCACGCAGAACAUCUGCAAGAGGCCAAGGCGAUAGAAGAGUCUUCGCAGUACGAGUUUGAGAACUACAUGCGCCAGCAGCUGCUGCUGGCCGAGGAGAAGAACACGAUCCACGAGGCCAAGAGCUUUCUCAUCAAGCGCCAGUUUGGCAGCAUCCCACCCGUACGGCGUCUGGGCCACGACGCACAGCCCGUCAGCCCGCUCGACGCCGCCAUCCUGGCACAGCGGUUCCUCCGGAAGUAGUCCCCCCCGACGGCAGUCCCCCACCCCCACCACGCCCGACCUCCCCCGGGGAGUACGGGAGCCCUGUGGAGUCCCGAGAGCACUGAGGAGGACACGCCCUAAAACUGAACUUCUCUUACAGGAGGUCCAGCCCAGACCAGGGAACAGACAUCCCCCGUGGGAAGGGGGGCUUUGUGCGAGCCGAGUGGAAGCGGGUGCGAGUCGGGCACCACAAUGAACUGCUGAUUUCCAACGUCACGCAUCGUAUCUGAGUCCUUUGGCGAACCAUGGAAUGUCCAGGAGGAGGAUCUGGACCAAAGGUUCCCCGCCCUCAGGUCAGCCACAGUCACCGGACGGCACCGACCCACACGGGGCGAACACGAGGCUCGGCCUGCGGUGUGGAAGAGACGUUAAACCCCCACUUCACUCCCCCCCAUCCACUCUGGACCCCCGGAGCAACACAGGACCAGAAUCAUGUAGCAACCCCCUCUUCCUCGUGGUUCAUGGUAUCGCCUCAAGUCGGAUCACCUGACCGCAGAUGUCACUUCUCGAUACCUCCAUUCCGCCCUCCUCCUCCUUCUCCUCCCUCUUCCUCUCUAUUGUUUACCGUACCGAAAAUGAUAGAGGCUCGUCCCGUCUGUAAACUCUGACUUCAAAUCGAUCUACCUCUCCGUCUCUCUUGCCUGUUGGUAAACCAUGCUCACUGUUUUGAGACACGGGAUUGUAACGAUGGAGUCUUGAUGCCACCAGUGACAUAAAGCGUUCAUGUUUUCUGUCCGCGUGAUGCUUUUGAAACCUCUUCAGUGGUUUCCAAAAAAAUCUGAAUAAGCUUUUUCUUUAUCAUAUUAACCUUAAUAAGUAGCAUUUCGUCCCUACCUUUUGGAUUGAAGAUGAUGAAUAUCAAAGGAUGUGCCCGCGCAUCCUUUGAUAUUUGCAGAAUGCAUUGUCUCCGGCUCUUGCUCACCCCUGUGGAAAUCUAUUUUAGCACCUAGGCAGCUAGCGUGAGGUACCUGGAAGUCACCAUGCCAAUACCUGAAUGGGAAACACUGUCGGAUCCUCCCUGCCAAGGCAUAGUGACGGCGACGCUUCCUCAGUGCCAUUCUCGCGGAGAUCGAAGCACUGUCAUGUUUCUAUUGCCAAAAAUCAUGUCUUAAAGUGACUCUCAGCCAAGGAAACUGGUCCCCACAGCCUCAUUCAGAAUCAAAUGGCUUCCAGGUAUUCCAACUUCCCGGUUUCUCUUCAUCAAGAUAGAUGAUGGGGGCAAGUUGUUUUUUUUUUUCUUCCUCAGUAUGAAUGUGAACCGUCACUCUCUGCUUUGAGUCCGCGGAGCUGUUCACCUCUUGCCGGCCACAGGCCCCUUUUUAAGCUAACCUCCAAUGGUUGUGUUCUGUUCUCCGGCCCGCCUCGCCGGCAGACACUGAAGGCCAGAGCGGGCUUUGCGGAGACGGGGCUUGACUGAAUGUUUUGCACCGGUUGCCACGAAUGCUUCUCUUUUAAGAUUGAAAGCGAUCUCAUUCUAAAGCCAUUUCUCAAGCCUUCUCUCCAGCGCGACUUGCACACGCUGGUGUGAUCCCACCAUGUCGGCUCUCUCCACGCAGAGAGAGACGAGGCGGUGGCCGGGGAUCGAUUCCGUCGUGUUUCAUCGAGAAAUGAAAAUACGGACUCGUCGAUUUCUACGUUUAGAUGCCGGGGCGGCUUCUCGGCCGUCGACGCGUUCUCGUCUUUUAUCGAAGGGUUUCCUGUAACCAUGGCAAAGCGACUAACCAGUGACUGUUGGGCAUCUGUACAUUGCAACUUGCCUUUGCGUGUUGGUACCUGCUUUAGGCUCUCUAGACUCCUUCCUAUUUAUAACUGAUUGCAUGCACAUAGGCUCUGAAAUAUUUUCAAAUGUCUUCACUUAUUCUUUUUCCUUGUAAUUUCAUGUUGAUUUAUUUAUUCUCUCGUGUCGACCGCCCGUCCCCAAAUGCUCUGCUCUGCGUACGCCGGUGUAGCGGGGGUCCUAAACCUCUGUGCUCUCCCAGCUUUAAGAAGUGGCGUUGACGCCGACAUCGGUUCUCACUUUGAUCGUCUUCAGCCACAUUCAUGAAAGAGUAGCAUUUAAAAAAAUUAUAUAAUUCUCAAGUCUGUGGUCAACUUAAGCUACACUAAUAACAAGACUGACUUUGCAUAGUUAUAUUUUUUACAGAAAACAAAAAUUAUACUAGGUUUUUUCCCAUUUUUGUUGUUCUUCCUAUCAUUUUACCCCACAAAUCCCCACAUACGGCUGCUCUCUGGUCGUUGUGUAAAUACGUACCACCGUGAACGCGCCAGGCACAUUCUAUGUCGUUCCACCCAGCGAGACGCCGACUCCGUUUCAACGUGCCGAUUGACGUGCAUUAUGGGCCACGUUGGCCGUCGACCGCCACAUCCAGAAGCUUAAAUGAUAUGUCACGGGAGCCGUCGGCUCUCUCCCACCUCAAUGUGAACUCCAUGGGCGUGCAGCAGUAUUGUCGUAGUUUAGGUUGUUCACCGGGGGGGAAAGGGUGUUUCACGAACACCGGAGCUAUUGCUGAAUGCCGAUCGGUCUGUGGAAAGUGUAUUGCGCAAUCUUCCAUGGAGCCCAACGACAAACUGGUAACGACAGGUUCAAUAGACCCUUGAUGUAGAUGUUAUUUUGCCCCCCCCCCCCCCCCCAAUCAAAAAGUGUUUCACUUUCUAGUUCGUGGAUUGUACCACGCUCAAUGCUUUGUUUGACAGAGUUGUAUUGGUCGACUGCCAUGUGGACCGAACAGCAUGGAGAUGGUGUGAGGGUCAGCUCUGUGUAGAACACGUGACUGUUGCAUGAUUUUAAACGUGCGACCGAUUUGAACGUCUGCAGGUAGUUUCCUUCGGGGAAACUACCAGGGAAAGUAGAUCCAUCCCCUUAAUUGAAUAUGUAGUGACAUUUUCUAUUCAUGUCCCAAGUUUUAGUUUUGAUGGUGAUUUUUCACUCUGCUUCGAAGUCCUGUGUCUGCAGUGUAUAACUGAUACGUUGCUGACCGUUUCAACUGGAAACUAGUAGUUGUGAGAUAAGAAACGUGGUGUGGUUUAAACCCAAUGGGAUUUGUGUUGUAAGCUGCUUGGUCGGACGUGGGCAUCUAGAUAAGGAAAACUGCGUAAUUGUACAGAUGAAAAACACGUUUGUAUUAAAAAAAAAAACCACAUAUUUUUCUACUUCAUCAGAUCUCUACAUGCAUGUCAGCAAUAAACUUUGAUAUGGAAACAUU